AUGAGUGCGACAUUCUCCGACGCCUCUCUCUCGCGCGAAGCUCAGGGUUCUGACUUUGACCUGAUCAUUCGCCAGCAGCCCAAUCGGGCCCGCGUGGCGGGGGGCAAGGAAAAAGAGCGCAAACCUAUCGAUCCGCCCCCGAUCGUCCAGCUCCGGGUGCGAGAGGAGGGUACCUACCUCGCACAGCAUUACCUGCAAAGCCCUUACUAUUUCAUGUGCUGCAGUCUGUACGAUGCAACAGAAGAGCGUCCUGUACCCGUCGCACCGUCGACUGCGUUAGCAGGAACCCUAGUUUCGUCACUUCACCGGUUGAAGGAUGUGGACAACAGCGAUGGGGGGUUUUUCGUCUUUGGAGAUCUCUCCGUGAAGAUUGAGGGCGAGUUUCGCCUAAAGUUUACCUUGUUCGAGAUGCGGAAGGACCGUGUCUCCUAUUUGAAGACCGUUAUCUCAGAACGGUUCACAGUCUCCCCUCCCAAGAGCUUCCCGGGAAUGAUGGAGUCAACCCACCUUUCCCGAUCAUUUGCGGAUCAAGGUGUGAAGUUGCGCAUUCGGAAGGAGCCUCGGACCAUGUUGAAACGAACCACACGACCGGACGAGUUCCAUCAGCCAGUCCCUACUCGAUCUCCAGAGCGCCAGGCGGUGCAGAUUCCUCCAUCAUCUAGCUAUGGAGGUUAUCCACCCGCAGCCCGAGAUUAUGGUUACUACGGCCAGCAGCCACCGGUCAAGCGUCAUCGUACCUCGAUCGAUUAUGGCAGGCAACAGGGCAUCUACGAUGUGGAUGGUCGAAUGGCCCGUCAAAUGGAUCCAUAUAGCCAGCCAACAGCUGCCAUGUAUGCUGGCCAGCCAGCAACCUACCAAACACCUGCCGCCAUGCAGACUUACUCUACAGGGCAGGUGGUGCCGGACUAUGCAGCGAUGUACCCAGGCAUGCAAGCCUCAGCGGGCAUGCAAGCACCAACGGGCAUGCAGGGAUCAGCCCCCAUGUCUCAGAUUCCCGAUCCUACCGGUCAAAGCCGAUCCAGCCAGCAGCAGCAGGCCGCUGUGGGGCAACUGAUGGCGAUGAACCAGCCUGGCACUCCUGUACGGCACCCCUCUGCGAACCAGUGA